GUCGAAGUCUCAAAAUGUCGCGUCUAAAGAAAACCCAUAUCUGUGCGAUCACGGACUCCGACGCGUCCGAGAGUUUGCUACCAGCAGUACACCCGCUCGCUCCAUUAUCCAUCAGACUGAAGAGAUUUCUGAAGAAACAGCUUCUGGUGUCGGAGUACCAUCCCAAAACUUUAGCUUUUUUCUUAACCUCGGCGAGAGUUCUCAAAGAAAAGAAGCAGCAAGUGGAAUCCGGAUCUUGGAUCGUGCAUCCGUUCAGCGUUUUCAGGUUGUACUACGAGAUGUGGAUGGGAGCCGUGUUCUUUGUGAAUCUGAUUUUUAAUCCUCUGGAUGCAGCUUUCGGUUUCCUGCUGCGCACAAAUCUCGUAGUGGGUUUUAUUUUGAACGCAUUUUGUUUAUUCGACGUUUUCAUGAAUUUUCGCACCGGAUACCGCCUUCCGAGUAAUGAAGUUGAAAUGACUCAGAAAAAAAUUGCCAAACACUACGUUUUUGGAAUAUAUUUUGUGUGUGAUUUUUUGUCAUCCUUGCCGUACCACGCUUUCGCAGAGGAUAGAGUGUAUAGUAAUUGUUUUUCUUUUUUGAAAAUUGUGAGACUCGUGACUUUACUGAGUUACAUGGAAAGAAGUUUUUCUUUUUUUAAUAUCAGGAGCUUUUACAUCCGGUUAGUGACGCUGAUGGUACUCAUAAUUCACUACGUAGCAUGCUUCGGUUUUUACCUCCCUUUGCUUAUGAUGAGAUUAACCGAAGGAGUAGCAAAAAGGGAUAAAUUCCUAAUACGGGAGCUGGGUACCAGGAAACCAAAUAUAACCACCUUUACUAAGGCGUACAUUACGAACUGCUAUGCGUCCACCGCCUUUCUCUUGACUAUCGAAACAAAUUUUACAUUUAGUUGGCCCUUUAUGGCGUACAUAGACGUAAUUAUUUUCUGCAUCUUUGGAAAAAUCCUUAUGGCUGUCGUAACUGUUAUACUUCUCGACCGUUAUCGACUUUACAAAAACGUGGAAACUAAGUUCUACGAACUGAUAAGUCAAGUCGAUGCAUUCAUGGAGAUUCAUAAUUUCCCCUUUAAGUUACAAAAGAGAGUUCAUCAAUACUACAAAUACAAAUACAGGAUGAAGUACUUCGACGAAAGUCGUUUUGACGAUAACAUCCCCGAAAGUUUACAAAGUGAAAUUAGAUCUCACCAGUUGCGCUCUUUAAUCAAAAAUGUAACCAUCUUCGCCGCCAUACCCCCAGAAGUUCUUGAAAAAGUAUUCGUCCAUUUGAAAAAAGAAAUAUACUUGCCACAAGACGUAAUCAUUAGGGCUGACGUCACCGGAGAUUCCAUGUUCUUCAUUGAUAGUGGAACCGUGGCCGUAUUCUCACCAACAGGAAAAGAAGUUUGUCACUUAUCCGACGGUGAUUAUUUCGGAGAAAUCGCUUUAGUCUUUCCAAAUAGAAAAACCUCGGCGAAUAUAAUAGCUUUAGAAAUUUGCGAAGUGUAUAAAUUGGACAGAAAGUCGUUCAAAAAAUGUUUGGAGAGCCAAGCGGACCUGUACAAAAGGAUUCAACUGGAAGCCCAGAGACGAUUAAAGGAGACUCAUCAGAUACAUAGGAAGCAAAUUUUGGUCACUUCUACGCACCCGCAGGUGUUGUAAAUUGAACAUUUGAUU